GAUAACGGUGUGAACUGUGUAGUGUGAACAGAUAAAUGACGAUGAGAAUGGAUUAAAAACGUCGAUGGUUCAUUAAAUAGCUAAGGGAGAAGAAGAACACGAAGAGUCGAACUCAUUCAAAUCCCACAAAAAAAGGCUCAGAUUCAUAGCUGUUGGCGAACUCAGUUGCAGUGACUGUGAGCUACAACAAUGGUGGCGCCAGUAGUUGAUGCGGAGUACCUCAAGCAAAUCGAGAAAGCUCGCCGGGAUCUUCGUGCGUUCAUCUCCUUCAAGAAUUGUGCCCCUAUCAUGCUGCGUUUGGCGUGGCAUGAUGCUGGCACAUAUGAUACAAAGACAAAUACAGGUGGUCCAAAUGGUUCAAUCCGCAGUGAGGAAGAGUACAUGCAUGGUGCAAAUAAUGGGUUAAAAAUAGCAAUAGAUUUUUGUGAAGAAGUGAAGGCAAAAUAUCCAAAGAUUACAUAUGCAGACCUUUACCAGCUUUCUGGAGUUGUUGCUGUUGAGGUCACUGGAGGCCCCACCAUUGAUUUUGUUCCUGGUAGAAAGGAUUCAUUGAUUUCUCCCAGAGAAGGGCGGCUUCCAGAUGCUAAGCAAGGGGUAAAACAUCUGAGGGAUGUGUUUUAUAGGAUGGGGUUGAAUGACAAGGAUAUUGUGGCAUUGUCUGGGGGCCACACGUUGGGAAAGGCACAUCCGGAGAGGUCAGGCUUUGCAGGGCCAUGGACUGAGGAACCCCUGAAGUUUGACAAUUCAUAUUUUGUGGAGAUGCUAAAAGGGGAAACAGAGGGGCUAUUGAAGCUUCCCACAGAUAAGGCCCUAUUGGAGGAUCCUGAGUUCCGCCACUAUGUUGAGCUGUAUGCAAAGGAUGAGGAUGCAUUUUUCAAAGACUAUGCGGUGUCUCACAAGAAGCUUUCAGAGCUGGGGUUUACUCCCAAGUCAUCUGGUUCCAAAACAGAGGCAAAGACCAGUACCGUAUUGUCACACAGCGCAGUUGGAGUUGCAGUUGCUGCAGCUGUGGUGGUCCUGAGUUACUUUUAUGAAGCUCACAGAAGAAUCAAGUAAAUCGAAACUGGUUUUCUGUAUCGGUGCAUUGUUUGCACAUGUUAGGCAUCCCAUUGCUAUAGAUAUCAGUUGAAAGAAGCUCGUGUCUGCAAAAUAGGGGACUGAUUAUUCUAUUUUCCAUUUGCUAAUAACAAUAAGUCAUUUUGGGCUUCAGCUUGUCACGUAACUAAUUGACUGCUAAGGGGGAUUUUAGACCCACCAGCUUGUAAAAGCUACAAAUGAACUUCUAUCUGGGUUUCAGAGAAUGUAAUCAAAAUAUUAUAAAAGCUGUACUCCGCCUUCUGCUGUAGGAAA